AUGACGUGGGCUUCCAGCACGGCCUCUUAUACUUGUAGGGGCUUUGGUAUACCCUCCCCUUGUGCCCCUCGCGACUGGGUGAUGACUUCGGGGGUCACUAUUCCGGGCUGUCCGAACCUGCUCUAUUCAGCGAACAGCCUUCCCGGUGAAGGCAAGUGGCGAGGGCUUAUGGAUGCAUUUCUGCAGAAGGCUUUCGCUCAUCCGGCUGUGAAAAGUGGCUAUGCAGGGGCUAUCGGCUAUUGCCUGGGUGGCCAGAGCUGCUUGGAGCAGGUCCGUGCGGGGCAUCAGGUCCAGGCGAUUUGCAGCCUCCAUGGCCUGCUCCACUCCAGGCCCACGACAGAGGCCGAACCUCUCAAUUCCAUGAAACGUAUGUCCAGGGAGGACUAUGCCAGGGAACUGGCAAUUCCCAACACGUACAACACUGAUUGUCGUGUACUUAUUCAGAACGGCGCAGCAGAUCACGAAGUCCCCAGUGAUACCGUCGUCGAUUUCAUGCAGGAGAUGGAUGCCCAGAAGAUCGACUGGCGCUUCGAGAACCACGCGCGUGGACCCCAUGGCUUCGCCUUGCCAAAGGGGACCCCAGGUGGCGACCAGUACACAGAGACAAUUGAUCGACGGUCAACACUGGCGAUGCUCAGCCUUUUCGCAGAGACGUUCCCGAGUUUCCCGCAGUCACCGGUGGAGUGCAAUGCGGCUGGGUGCAAGUUGGGUCAAUUGAUCGUGGUUGGAGGCACCACUGGCAGCCAGGGGCAGCGAUCCACCGUGGCAACAGCUGGAAGCUUUGUGGCUGGUGCGCUUCUUGGAAUGGUCGCCCUGAAGCUCUGCGGCUCGAAGCUUUGA